GCAGCUCCACUGAAGGCAGGCAUCCUUUAUCAAGCUCUCACAGCUGCCUGCUCUCCUGCAAUGCCUUCAGCCCUUGACACCAACAUGAGGUUCAAGUUCUCGAUCCUGGCUCUUCUUCUGGAAGUGAUCAUCAUUAUUUUGUUUGGAAUAUUUGUGGAAUAUGACACCAGCGAUGCCUCUCAAAUUUUAUACCCAAUCUUUCAGGAUGUCCAUGUGAUGAUAUUUGUUGGAUUUGGUUUCCUGAUGACCUUUCUGAAGAAAUACGGAUUCAGCAGUGUUGGUAUCAACAUGCUCAUUGCUGCUUUCGGUCUCCAGUGGGGAACCCUGAUGCAAGGAUUUUGGCACAUGAAAGAAGGGAAAAUUCAUGUUAAUAUCAAAAGCAUGAUAAAUGCAGACUUCAGUACAGCAACUGCUUUGAUUUCAUUUGGAGCAGUCCUGGGGAAAACAAGUCCUGUUCAGAUGCUGAUCUUGACCAUUCUGGAGAUCACAAUCUUUGCAUGCAAUGAACACCUAGUUACAGAAAUACUUCAGGCCACAGACGUUGGAGCCUCAAUGACUAUCCAUGCUUUCGGAGCUUAUUUUGGUUUGGCUGUAACCCUAGUCUUGUACCGUCCUGGUUUGAAAAACAAACAUGAAAAUGAAGAAUCUACCUAUCAUUCGGACAUAUUUGCCAUGAUUGGUACCCUGUUCCUUUGGCUUUUUUGGCCCAGUUUUAACUCUGCCAUCGCGUCUGAAACAAUUUACCAGAUUAAAGCAAUUGUCAACACUUACUACUCCUUGGCUGCAUGUGCUGUCGUAACAUUUGCCCUCUCCAGCCUGGUGGAUCAGAGAGGCAAAUUCAGUAUGGUUCUCAUUCAAAAUGCCACCCUGGCAGGAGGAGUAGCAGUGGGUACCUGUGCUGACCUCUCAAUCCACCCUUUUGCUGCCAUGUGCAUUGGGAGCAUUGCUGGAAUCAUCUCUGUCCUUGGGUUCCACUUCCUGACUCCUUUGUUGGCAUCCAAGCUGAACAUUCAAGACACUUGUGGAGUUCAUAAUUUACAUGGUUUACCUGGAAUACUGGGAGGUGUCGCUGGCAUCGUAGUAACUGCGAUAAAGGACGAAGUUAGGGAAGGUGUCCACCUUACUCCUGGCAUGCAGGCUGCUGCCCUGAGCAGUACAAUUGCAAUUGCACUGGCGGGCGGAGCAUUGACAGGAGGUGUUCUAAAGCUGCCCUUCUUGGGACAAGCAUCUGACCAAAAUUGCUUUGAUGACUCUGUUUAUUGGGAGGUUCCAGAAGAGGAGAAACCACAUGAAAUUCACUCCAACAAAUAUGAUGAGCAAAGCAGAUUUGAAGCCACGAUGUAG